AUGUCGGCGCUGGCGGCGAAUCCCAACAACCCCGUGGUUUUCUUCGAUGUCACCAUCGGCGGGCAGGAGGUCGGCCGCAUGAAGAUCGAGCUGUUCGCAGAUGUUGUGCCCAAAACAGCUGAGAACUUCAGGCAGUUUUGUACAGGUGAAUUCAGGAAAGAUGGUGUCCCUAUAGGUUAUAAAGGAAGCACUUUCCACAGGGUAAUAAAGGAUUUCAUGAUCCAAGGAGGUGACUUCGUAAAUGGAGAUGGCACUGGUGUAGCCAGUAUAUAUAGGGGUCCUUUUGCAGAUGAAAACUUCAAGCUGAAACACUCUGCUCCUGGGCUUCUUUCUAUGGCAAACAGUGGUCCGAGUACCAACGGCUGCCAGUUCUUCAUCACGUGCUCCAAGUGUGAUUGGUUGGAUGGGAAACACGUUGUGUUUGGUAAAAUUGUCGAUGGGCUGUUGGUCAUGAGAAAAAUUGAAAAUGUGCCUACGGGUCCCAAUAACAAACCCAAGUUGCCAGUUGUGAUUUCUCAGUGUGGGGAAAUGUGAAGCAAGGAAAGAGCAAUGUGUGUUCCUUUGCUGGUGAUUAGGCCUGUGCUGACUCCAUGCAAUUCCAAUUCCAGCCAGAUCACCCACUGCCCUAGAUUUCUCCACAGGCCAGAUCCAUGCUCUCAAGGUUCUCCUGAAAUUAUUUAAUAAUGGGCAUCCUUUUUUUAAAACAUUUUGAAAUGUAAAUAAAGAUUUUUUUUUAAACAUG